AUGAGAAGCUUCUGCCAGUUUAACCAGGCACAGCCACCUCCAGCGGCGGCUCAGGGCUCGGCGGCCAAGCACUCCCCACCCCGACCGGAGCCGGAGCUGGGAUCCGCCCACAGCGCGGGGCCGGGAUCGGCCGGGGACAGGUGGCGGCACAGGACAGAAGUUAUAAGGAAAAUGAAGGUUUCCUCCUUCCCUCAUGGCCCUGUAAGGAGUUCCUCUCUGCCUGGCUACAUCAUGUUCUUCAUUAUUCUGUCCCUUCACAAAGUGGACUCAGCUCAAUUUAAAGUGAUUGGACCUGACCACCCUGUCAUGGCCACUGCAGGUGAGGACAUUGUGUUACCCUGUCAUCUCAGCCCCAGGGUAAGCGCUGAGAACAUGGAGGUGAGAUGGUAUCGGUCCCAGUUCUAUUCACUUGUGCACCUUUAUCGUGAUGGGGACAAUCAGAAUGAAAGGCAGAUGCCAGAAUAUCAUGGAAGGACAGAGUUUCUGAGAGAUGACAUUGCCAAUGGAAGCGUUGCCUUGAGAAUACGCCAUGUCAGACCCUCUGAUGAAGGACAGUACAGGUGCUUUUUUCGAUCAAGUGUUUUUCAUGAAGAAUCCCUGUUGGAACUGAAAGUAGCAGGUCUGGGCUCUGCUCCUCUCAUCUCUGUUGAGGGUUAUCAGGAUGGAGGGAUUCGAAUGGUGUGUCGAUCAGCUGGGUGGUACCCAGAGCCUGAGGUGCUGUGGAGAGAUCCUAGUGGAGAGCCUUUAACAUCACUGUCAGAAACAAAACCCCGAGGGGCUAAUGGCCUGUUUGAGACACAGAGUUCUAUCAUUAUAACAGAGACUUCUAACCAGAGCCUGUCCUGUCAUAUCAGGAACGCCCUCCUCAACCAAGAAAAAGAGUCGACAGUUUAUAUAGCAGAUCCGUUUUUCCCAAGGGUGUCUCCCUGGCUGGUGGCGCUGUACGUGCUCCUGGUUAUUUCUUUUGUUUUGAUAGGCGUUGCUGCUUUUCUCUUCAAGUUAAGAGGAAACCUUCAUGCAAAAAUUGGGAAGAUCCAGGCUGAAAAACGGAAACUUCUUGAAAAUAUCAGUGAACUCCAAGAAGAAAUUAGGAGAUUGCAGGCAGAAAUUGGGAAACACCUUGACAAUAUCAGUGAACUCCAUGAAGAAAUUAGGGCACAUCUUGAAAAUAUUAGUGAACUGAAUGAAAAAAUUAGUGGACUUCAAAGAGAACUUGAAUGGAGAAAAGCCCUAGUUUGUCCAACGAAUGUGACCCUGGAUCCAAACACAGCAAAUGCCCAACUCAUCGUGUCUGAGGAUCGGAAAAGCGUGAGGCGUGGAAUUGCACGGCAGGAGGUGCCGGACAAUCCAGAGAGAUUCCAUUCUUUCUGUUUGCUGGGCUGUGAGAGGUUCACCUCGGGGAGACAUUACUGGGAGGUGGAGGUGGGAGAUGGGGGAUUUUGGGCUGUGGGUGUCGCCAGAGAGUCUAUGAGGAGGAAGGGAGGGAUCAGAUUUAACCCUGAGCAGGGGAUCUGGGCUGUAGAGCGAUGUGGCGAUCAGUACCGGGCUCUCACCUCCCCUGAAACUCCCAUGCCCCUGAGUGAGAGACCUAAGAAGAUUGGGGUUUAUCUGGACUAUGAAGCGGAGUGGGUAGCAUUUUAUGAUACUGGCAAUGAGACCCUGAUCUUUACUUUCCUGUCAGCGCCUUUCACUGGGGAGACAAUCCUUCCCUUCUUCUGGGUGGGGAUUGGAGUCCUGCUCAAAAUCUGCCCUUGA